AUGGAUACAAGGCAGUACAACCUCGAAGAGCAAGCUCGUUCGAUUGAGAAGACUAUCCCUUCAAAAACCAGCGACCAUGCAGCUCUCGAGGCCACCAUCAAAAGCGCCGAAUUGUAUCUACAGGCCCUUCGUCUUGCUGAUAAACCCUCGGAUCGAAAACGCCUUGACACGAGAUGUAAGGCAUUACUGGCACAGGCCGAGAGGCUCAAGACACGGCAGGACUCACCCUCGCGGUCCAUGUCCAAGAAAGAGCAGAAAGAGGAUCUCCAAGCGCCUGUAUCGAGUCGAAAACUCAGUACGAGAGAAAACAUCAUUAUCCUUGAAGGUUCCAAGUUGAAUGGCUUUAUUUUCAAACCCUGGACAAGUCCGCCAUCCUUCGAUGAGUUCGUUCUUCGAGAUGGAGGAUCCUCUUUUACUGAUUCAAGCCCCCUUCCUCUGUCGUCGACCCAACUUGAAUCAUUUGCCGGCUGGAAGAGGCCACGAGAAGCACUUCAGUCGAUCAGAGCCCAACCAAAUGGUCAGAUAGUGCCUAGUGAGGCUGUGAUGCAUCUCGAAAGCGAGAUGGAUCUUGUUCAAGACAUGACAUCGGAUUGUUCAGUCGUUGCGAGCUUGUGUGCGGGAACAGCCAGAAUGGAACAUGGCCACUCAAGGAUCCUCCAUUCCGUUAUGCAUCCGUUUGAUCCUAAAAGUGACCGGCUGUCCUUAUCCCCCAAUGGCAAGUACAUCCUGAAAUUGUAUUUCAACGGUUGCUGGAGAAGAGUGGAAAUCGACGACUAUCUCCCCACUUCCAAGAACGCUCGAGUUCUUCACGUCAUCGACCGUCGCCACCCGGGUUUACUAUGGCCAGCAUUGGUCGAAAAGGCGUAUCUGAAGGUUCGAGGGGGCUAUGACUUCCCUGGCAGUAACUCUGGCACCGAUCUCGCUGUCCUGACCGGGUGGAUUCCGCAACAAAUAUUCCUUCAUGACGAAGAUGUUGAGCCUGAGUGUUUAUGGGAAGAAAUUGCUACCCACUUUCGAAAAGGUCAUGUUUUGAUAACGAUUGGAACCGGCAAACUUCCUCGCCGUGAGCAGAGACACUUGGGUCUUGCCGCUGAACACGAUUACGCAAUCCUCGACAUAUCGUCAGAGAGGGACGUCAAAGAAAUGCUCGUCAAGAACCCGUGGGCUGACGGCGACGUGUGGCGAGGAGCAACAAGACGAAAACCCAAUCGAAGUGACGAAGAGCGGUCCGAUAAUCCAUCGGAGAGCGACGGAAUGAUGCCCGGCACUUUCUGGAUGGAUUUCAACAGUGUGUUCCAGUACUUCGAGAACAUGUACAUCAAUUGGAAUCCCGGCCUUUUCACUCAUCGACAAGACAUUCACUUCUCCUGGCAGCAGGACCAGAUGGGACUAAUGAGCAAUAUACUUGUCGAUAAUCCCCAAUUUGCCGUUACCCCGUCCGGGACAGGAGAAAUUUGGCUGUUGUUGAACCGCCACUUUCGGACAGGUGACUAUACUCAGGCCACCGCGGGGAAAAAUGGAUACAUCAGCAUUUUCUUGUAUGCGCGCGACGGAAAUAAAGUGAUUUCUAAUGAAGGCGCUACAAUGCGUGGACCAUUUGUCGAUUCUCCGAACACCUUGUUGAGGAUUACGUCCACGGCCAAAACGACAUAUACUGCGGUUCUGGUGUCCCAGGAUCUACCGCCUGGAAAGCUUAACUUCACCCUUUCGGCGUUUUCAAAAGGGUCCGUGACAGUAUCCGAAGCUCGACUCCAAUACCCUCAAAAGCAGAGUCUCAAAUCGGCAUGGACCCGAUCUACCGCGGGGGGAAACUCGGACUCGGCCAACUACCUAUCCAACCCACAAUUUCAAGUGUCUCUCAACGAAAGCACGCAAAAGAUCGCACUGGUACUGCGUGUCGCUGACCAGGAAGAUGAGAACCAGUCUACACGAACCUGUUCUAAAAUCCAUGUCAAAGUCCUGGUUGUCUUCAGUGACGGCUCGAGGAUUACCCGUCUACGACCCCGAGAUGUCCUCGCUCACUCUGGCGACUACCGGCAGGGAAACGCAGUUCUCGAAACAGAGCUAGCGCGUGGCAACUACACCAUCAUUUGCUCGACGUUUGACCAGAACCAAUACGCCGAUUUUAUUCUGGAUCUGUACUCUUCCUCGGAGAACCAGGUUACUUUUGCCCCGCUUCCGACCGAUGGAAGUGGACGACUGACCAUCAAAAGCACGCCUGCACUCUUCAGCAACGGGGCCAACCGACUCCUUGCUCCUCUGACCGUGAUGAGGAUGAGCCGUAUGACGUUUGUGGUGCGCCAUGACCGUGCUGCUGUGGCCCAGUCGUCGCUGUUCAAAAUGACGCUGGAACAAGGGCAAGGGCCAUACAAGGAGACUAUGGCAAGUAGCGAAGUUGACAAUGAGGAGUUCAGCAGUGUGACUUCGGGUCUGCGAAUUGGGGAUCUCGAUCUGCAGCCUUCCAUGUGCGGGCCUGGAACCGGUGGGUUGUGGCUUGUCUUGGAACGGCUGCCUCAAGGGGGUCAGGGAUCGGUGGCUUCUAGAGAUGAGGUGUUGGGAGUAGAAAUCUUUACCGAUGAGAGGGCGGAGUUAGGAGCCUGGGGGUUGGGAGAGGGUUGA